AUGCUAAACUUUGAUUUGAAACAAAAUCAAGAUAUUGAUAAUCAGUGUUCGACCAUGAAAGAAUUGGAUGAUAAACUGUUUGUGAUCAAUACUCUAUUGAAUAUCAUCUGGGCUACCGGUUUCCUUAUAUUAUGGCGUCGACGGCAAGCCGAAUUAGCUUAUCAAUGGAAUACGCUCGACAUGGAACAACUCGAAGAUAUUCGACCCACUUAUAAAGGUCAAUUACGUCAUUCACCUGUGACAAAUAAGUUAGAACCUCACUAUCCAUCAUGGAAACGUUUACUCUUCCGCUUAUUUGUCACUAUCCCGAUGAUUAUGAUAAAUAUCAUUCUUGUCUCGUGUCUGAUUCUUUUGAUCAUUCGCUUUCAAAGUUGGAUCGAUCGACAGUUGAAAGCUGGUCAAUUGCCACGUUUAAUGUCUCUGACUGAAUUGUUACCAAAGAUCUUGUUGGCCUUAGUUACAACGGCAUUCAGUGAUAUUUAUAAACGUGUUUGUCGAUGGUUAACUGAACGAGAGAACUAUCGCGAACAGCGUGUACAUGAUGAUCAAAUGAUUGCGAAACUUUUUGCUUGUUCAUGCGUUAAUUCGUACUUUAGUGUGUUUUACAUUGCGUUUUUUACUCAUAAAUACAUUCGACUAUCUCAUCAAUUGGUGACAAUCUUCGUCAUGAAGCAAUUUUGGGGAAAUAUCAAGGAAGCGAUUGUCCCAUAUAUAAUCUCGAAUGCUCGUCUGUCAGUAUUGAUUCAAAUGAGUAAAAAAGAACGUGCUCGGUAUGCUGAACGAAAAGAUCUCAAUAAAGAACUGAAACGUAUUCUUGAUGAAUGGAAUAACUCGAAUAUGACAUACGCUGCUAAUCGAACAGAAAAUCAUGAAUAUACAAGACAAGCUGUCGAUGAUACUCUUACAGAUAAUACUUUGAAUCGUCGUGAUUCGACCCCAUCGUUCGAAACUCUUUCAUUAUCUCAGGCAGAAAUUGAAUGUUCACAACCGAAAUGGCCUGAUUUAUAUGAUGAUUAUCUAGAGAUGGUUGUUCAAUUUGGUUAUAUUAUAUUUCUGUCAACAUUAUUUCCUUUAGCUGCAUUCUUCUCCUUAUUGAAUAAUAUACUUGAGAUUCGUACAGAUGCAUUUAAAUUAUGUAUGAUUUAUCAACGACCGUUCUCACAACGAGUCAAAGAUAUUGGUCAUUGGCAGAAAAUUAUGGAAUAUAUGAUUGUGGCAGCCGUUAUUAUCAAUUGUGUAUUUUGUUCGAUACGUGGUGUUUUUCGUCGAUUAAUGCCUGACCUUCCAUUUGCUGCUGAAAUCUUUCUCCUCGUUUGUAUUGAGCAUCUAUUGCUGUUACUCUGUCAAAUCAUUCGAUCUAGUAUCGACAGUGUGCCUUACUGGAUACAGAUUCAAAAGUCAAGAAUGGAAUAUCGUCGUCGAGAGGCACUUCAGAAACUCGAAUGUGAUGCUUUACAUCGAAAAGAAAGUCGUAGUCAUACACUUAAUGAAUAG